AUGGCUCCAGAAUUACUAGAAGAUACUAGCAAUCUAAAAUACUCUGAGCAAUCUGAUAUUUACGCUUUAGGCAUGAGAAUAGCAUUAUCAGAUAUACUUGGCAAAAUAACCAGAGAGGACGAAUCAUCAAGCGUUGAAAAUCUUCCUAAACCUCUAAAUAGUGGAAUAAAAGAGCAGUCCUAUGAAGAUAAACAAGGUGAUUUGCUAAAUACUCACCAAUAUUCGCUUUCGAUUCAAUUAGGAACUCCUCCUAGAAGGAACUACAAGGUGACCAAUAAUGAAGGGGAUAAUCAAGAGUCGUUAACUACAACUGAUACUUCUACUUCCAGUAAUAAAGGUCUGAAUCGUCAAAAACAAGAUAAUUUACAAGAACAGAUUAUGAGUAAAAGUCUCGCUUUGGAAAAACUAGUUGAUUCUGCCAAAGAAAAAUUAAAAAGUGAUAGCAGGUUUAAUUUUAAACGCAAAAAGAGAAAUGAAAAAUUAAAAAAGACUUUUGAAGUUCUUCCUGCUACCUCUAAGGAAUUAGUUAAAAAGAUAGAAAAUAUAAAGAAAAAUUUGAGUAAGAAAUUAACUAAAGAAGAAAUAAAUAACCUUUGUCAGAUUAGUCGGGAACUAAGGGAGUUGCAUCUUAGUACACAAAGCGAACAAAAGUCUCAGGUUCAAAUCCCACCUAAAUAA